UAGUUUACAAAGACUUGUGUUCACACUCUGUUAAGCAACAAGGGAGAACACCCGUGAGCAGUCAUCACUUGACAGAAGAAUGAUUUCCUUCUUAUAUUUAGGACUCAUUUUUUUUACACAAGUAAAGGCUGGACUUCGGUCAUCUGAUGAUUUGGUUAUGUUUGCCUCACCUGGAGGUAGUGUUACUUUGCCAUGUGCCAUAAAAUCAAUUGAAUCCUGCUCCUCUAUUAACUGGGACAGGGCUGAGCAGGGUUGGAUUAGCUGGUAUGGACCAAUGACCAAGGUGGUGAGGGCUGGGACGGUGACGGCUGCCAAGGCCCACAAGUACCGCCUGCUAAAUAACUGUUCUCUGCAGAUAAAUAACAUGGCGACUGAUGACGCAAGAGUUUACACGUGUGACAAUAAAAAACUCAAUUCUACGGUUGCACUUUCAAUCCUCCAACUUGACAACUCAACUUCCACAACAGAGGAGAUAACACUUCAGUGUUACCUCAACACAUUUAAAGGAUCUCCUCAUUGUAAUUUCAGUCAGAUACAAUUCAGGUGGAGCAUGGAGGACAAUACACCGAUUCAUGGACGCAGAUUUCGUGUUACAAAUCAAUCUAAAUGCAUAGACAAUCUACUCAUAACUAAAAAGGCAACAGAUCAUUUCAGAAACUGGAAGUGCCAUUUAAUUCAGAAUGGUUCCCAUAAAGCCACCGCUAGUUUUACAACAAAACUCCCAAAAGAUGGCAUAGAGGAAGUGUUUGCUGCAGUGGGUGAGUCAGUGUCAUUCUCUUGUAGCAACACUUCCUCUUCUGGUUUAGGUGGCGAAGGCCGACCGCAGUCAAUUUUUAUAAAUGAAGGCUCGUCAUCAGUCAUUACCAAAGUCAGCACGACACAUUCAGGAGAUUACAAGUGUUUAGACCCCACUAAUGAACAACACAAACAUUUCAGACUGCACACCUUUGAUGUUACCUCAGAGUAUGGUCCAGAUGGAAAUAAUCUCACCUUGACUUGUGUACUAACCUGCGCUAAUAAAACAUGUGAAAAAGACUUCAACUUAACCUGGUCAAACAGGGACCCACACAGCUGGCAAAGUGGGUUAAUGAAUAAAAGUGGCAAUCUCAUAAACAAACUGUUUUUCCCUGUUCUUCCAAUAAGAUCAGAUGAAACUGUGUGCUCUGUGCGUAGAGAAGGAGCUGUAGUGGCCUCAAAGACGUGGUCCUCUUUUAACUCCCUCCGUAGUCUUGCGUGGUUAGCCCUUCCUGUUGGCAUCCUUGUGUGCAUCACUGUUGGAGGAAUCUACGUGUACAUGAAGAGGAAGCACAACAAGGAUGCAGACAAUGAACAGGCAGAUAUUGGAAUGACACAUGUUUAUGAGGACGUUCAAGAUAUUGAUAAUGAGGAACUACAACGACAAAGUCCACUCAGAAGAAGCCCUGCCACCACUGACAGUUUCUAUGAUUUAUUACAGGCUGUAAACUAACACUGAAUAAAACGUCAUGUAAGUAAAAAGAUUAUUAGGUAAUACAAACACAGUGUAUGGCAGUGGUUCCCAACCUUUUUUGGCUCGUGACCACAUUUUAACAUCACACAUUUCUGGUGACCCCAGACAUUCAAAAUGGAGGCUUUUUUUUU